GGGCAGGGGAGGCGGGGCCAUCCUGCGCCGCCAUUUUGUGAGUCUAUAUAACACGUCGCCGUUGAGUUCGCUCUUGCUAUUCCGGCGCCUCCGUUCCCUUCGGGCCGCCUUCGUGUGCAAUGGACGGCAUUGUCCAAGAUAUAACAGUUGGUACAAAGCGGGGAUCUGACGAACUUUUCUCUACUUGUGUCACUAACGGACCCUUUAUCAUGAGCAGCAACUCUGCUUCUGCAGCCAAUGGAAAUGACAGCAAGAAGUUCAAAGGUGACAGCAGGAGCACAGGGGUCCCCUCGCGAGUGAUCCACAUCCGCAAGCUGCCCAGCGACGUCACGGAAGCCGAAGUGAUCUCCUUGGGGCUGCCCUUUGGAAAAGUCACCAACCUGCUCAUGUUAAAGGGAAAGAACCAGGCUUUCAUAGAAAUGAACACCGAGGAGGCAGCAAACACCAUGGUGAGCUACUACACCACAGUCACACCCGUCCUCCGUAGCCAGUCCAUUUAUAUCCAGUUCUCCAACCACAAAGAGCUGAAGACGGAUAACUCUCCCAACCAGGCGCGUGCUCAGGCAGCCCUGCAAGCAGUGAAUUCAGUUCAGUCUGGAAACCUGACUCUGUCUGCCUCGGCCGCAGCCAUAGACGCUGGGAUGGUCAUGGCUGGCCAAAGUCCCGUCCUGAGGAUCAUUGUGGAAAACCUCUUCUAUCCUGUCACCUUGGAUGUCCUGCAUCAGAUUUUCUCCAAGUUUGGCACAGUCCUGAAGAUCAUCACGUUCACCAAGAACAACCAGUUCCAGGCACUCCUGCAGUACGCGGACCCUGUGAGCGCCCAGCAUGCCAAACUGUCUCUCGAUGGGCAGAACAUCUACAAUGCCUGCUGUACACUCCGCAUCGACUGCUCCAAGCUCACCAGCCUCAAUGUGAAAUACAACAAUGACAAGAGCAGGGACUAUACGCGCCCAGACCUGCCUUCUGGGGACAGCCAGCCCUCCCUCGACCAGACCAUGGCGGCUGCCUUUGGCGCCCCGGGGAUCAUUUCUGCCUCUCCGUACGCUGGCUUCCCUCCUGCUUUUGCCAUUCCUCAAGCUGCAGGCCUCUCAGUUCCAAAUGUCCACGGAGCGCUUGCUCCUUUGGCUAUCCCAUCAGCAGCAGCAGCCGCGGCUGCCGCAGGACGGAUUACUAUUCCCGGCCUCACCGGGGCAGGGAACUCUGUUCUGCUGGUUAGCAAUUUGAACCCCGAGAGAGUUACACCCCAAUGCCUCUUUAUUCUUUUCGGGGUCUAUGGUGACGUGCAAAGGGUGAAGAUCUUGUUUAACAAGAAAGAGAAUGCCUUGGUUCAAAUGGCAGACGGCAACCAAGCCCAGCUGGCCAUGAGUCACCUGAAUGGGCAGAAGCUGCAUGGGAAGCCCAUCCGCAUCACACUGUCAAAGCACCAGACCGUGCAGCUGCCCCGUGAGGGCCAGGAGGACCAGGGCUUGACCAAGGACUAUGGUAACUCGCCUCUCCACCGCUUCAAGAAGCCCGGCUCCAAGAACUUCCAGAACAUCUUCCCGCCUUCUGCCACCCUCCACCUCUCCAACAUCCCGCCUUCCAUUUCUGAAGACGACCUCAAGAUGCUCUUCUCAAGCAAUGGGGGGAUGGUGAAAGGCUUCAAAUUCUUCCAGAAGGACCACAAGAUGGCCCUCAUCCAGAUGGGUUCUGUGGAAGAAGCCAUCCAGUCACUCAUCGACCUCCAUAACCACGACCUCGGUGAGAACCACCACCUGCGCGUGUCCUUCUCAAAGUCCACCAUUUAAGCCUUUGGGAAAGCUGCGAGGCAGAACGGACCUUGCUGACAAGUCACCCCUCCUGGGCUCGGCCCUCCAUCUCUGGGGCUGGACCACCAGCAGGGGGCAGGACAACUUCCAUCAUUCCAGAAACAACAACAAAAGAAGCCACUUUUUAAAAAGAGAAAAGAAAUGCAGCUGAAGUGACCUUAAGACAACAGAUUUUAUUUUUUUGAGGAGAGCAAUUUACUGGGUGUCUUUUUAAAAAAAAUAAUUAAAUCUUAAUUCACGUUGCUAUAACCUUGCAGCAAGUGGGAUAACAAUCUUUGUUCAGGAGAAGAAUCAGAAUCAAACGUAGAAGUUUACAUUCUUGGUUGGAAACCUCUCUGGGAGCUUUCCUCCUUGCCUUCCUUAAACACCAACCACCCAUCCCGAGCACAGUCCCAGAAAACUCACCAGCUUCCUAGCGUUGCCUUGAUCCUGAGCCUUGGAAGAGACCCCUAGCCUGUGCGUUCCUUUCUUGAGAACCCUCCCAAACACAGAUGCCUUGUGGGGAGGGGGGGAGUCGCCUUUCCCUCCACCCUGCAUCUCUGCUGUCCUGUGCCUUAGGUGAAAAAUCUCUAAGGGUGGGAAGGGCCAUAUCAUGCCUGCAGGUGGCUGCGUUGCAGUUCGGUGGCUGGGCAGGGAGAGGGGUAUGACCAUUGGCUUCUGUCUCUUCGAAGCAGUCAAACCGGUCCUGACCUGCAGAACAUCACACUGACUUCAAUCUACACAUGGCUUCCCCCACCCUGUGCCUGUGUUCCAACUGAGUUGAGAGAUAUACACGCAUGCGCACACGCACCAGGCCUGCUCAACUUAGGCCCCCCAGCUGUUUUUAGACUAUACCUCCUAUAAUCCCCAGCCAAAGUGGCCAAUAGCAAGGGAUUGUGGGAGUUGUAGGCCAAAAUCUGCAGGAGGGCCGAAGUUGAGCAGCCCUGAUAGACAACGUGUUUGUGGUCAGUUGUAAUUGGGGGAGGUCCUCACCCACCCUCCGCCCCCGGCAAGUCCUUGCAUUCAGCACCCUUCCCAUGCUGCAGGGAUUGAUCCCAAAGCACCAAAUGUCCCCUUGUACAGGAGGUGCCCAGAUUAUCAAUUUUGGGCUUACACUUUGUACCUUGCUUCCUGAUUUCGCCCUUAACUCCACAAGCCAACUCUGCUUUUGUACUUCAGCUUGCUGCUUCCUUUCCCCCCCACACACGCACUCUUUCUGCCUAGCAAUAUUUCCAGUUGACCAAAUAUUCUAAUGGAUUCAUAUCUAUCUAUAUGUAUAUGCAAAAGGCAAUAGCUUAAAAUUUUUUAUAGAUGGUAUAAACAGAUCUAAACUUUGUUCUUCUAUUACCCUUGUAUGCUGUACUCUUGUGUUUUGUUUUUGUUUGUAAUCUCGAAAAUGGUAGCACAGGAAUCUAAUUUAUCCAGAUGAGAGGUCAUGGCUGAAGCCUUAACAUUCUACUUUGAAAAGUAUUUAACAAGUAGCAAAACGCUGGUUGCCUCAGAGGAAAGGACCCACAUUUAAAAGAUUCUUUUACUUUAGUAAUCCAAGUGGAUUUUUGUUUAAAGAGAGAUACAAGUUGCCUCUUUCCAAAAGGUAAUCUGUAGCGAAGACUCAAACUUCCCCCAUGCCAAUCUGCCUUCUUUAUACUUACUUCAAUGUUGCCUUACAUUUCCCCCCCUAACUUGCGUGAGAUUAAGACAACUGAAUCUUGUACUUAAUAUCAGGGUUAUUUCUUCAAAUUGUGGACCAAAGUUUUUUUCUUUGUGUGUGUGUGUGUGCGUGUGUGUGUGUGUGUUUGUGUGUAUUGUCUCAAGUUGCCAGUUCCACUGCUGUCUUGCAGCAGCAGCUGACCUGCUUGUGUCCCUGAGGGAGCUGGAAAAGUCUUAAACUGUCUUGUUCUUUUUAAAUUCCUCCCCAACAAUAUGGGGAUGUUAUCUAUGCUGGAGGAGUGUGUGAUGUCUGUGUGAGGGAGCUGCUUAGGUGGCCAGCAUAAUGCCGGUGGGGCUGCCCAAGAGCUGUUCUGUGGCCCCCAGUGCAAAAUGGGAGCAUCUGCUGACCUCCGUGGAGCUGCAAGCGGUCUCCUGGGCAUAUAAUGUUGCCUUAAUUUGGCGGUCGGUCAAAGUGACAGGCAGUUUUGUGUGCUUGACUUGCCCUAGAUCAGAAACAGGUGCUGUGAGCAGGCCACGGGGUAAGAGAAGAGUGGAGUGCCUUCUUCCUACCCCCCCCCCCCCAGGCCCCAGUGCUGCUCUUGAUGCAGUUCCUUUUCCCCUAGCUGAACCUUGGGCAGCUUUUGGCUGAAAACCCCCUUUUCAGCCCUCUCUGCCUACCAAAUUACCAUAUGGCCACAGCAAAGGGCUUUUGAAGAUGAGGCAGCAAGAGAGGGCCAGCGGGGGGGGGUCUUCUCAGGGGCCACCACUUCAUAGCCCAUGCCUUAUCUUCAGCAUGAGAAAUAUCUCCCCACAAACACACAACCUGAGAUCUGAUGGCACAGCUCCUCUAGCUUGGUGCCAGCCGGUGGGGGGGCAGGUUGGCACCCUAAUGCUACGAGCCCGUACCAGAAGCUGGGCUCAUGUGUUCCACUCUUCGGAUGCACGAGACCAGCCUCUCUCCUUUAGGCUGGCCUUUUUUAAAAAUACCUGGAUAUAGUCAGCAAGCAGACUUAUUUCUGUGUGUUUGUGGGGUUCGGUUGUCUUCUCUUUUUUGCAAAAUGUGUGCAGAUGUUUUGCAGUUAACCCCAGACCCGAGCAAACUGGGGUGAGGAGCUCCAUCUUUUUUUGAUCCUGUGUUUUUUUUGCAUGUAAAUGUGAGUAAUGAGAAGAAAAAAGGUGUAAAUAUUUAUAAUUUUUUAUACCUGUUGUAAGACAUGAGGGGGCAGCAGAACCCAAGUUUUUAUGGCAAAAACAGACAGAUGUAUUGUAUAUUUUGAUAACCAGCUAUUUCAGGUUCAGUAUUGGGGGUGGGCGGGAGGGUUGCAAUCGUACGCAGAUGACAUCUGAAUUGCAUUUGCCUGGCUUAAAAAAGAAAAAAAGAAUGUAAUGCAAAACCCACAAAAAAUCAAUUAAAACUAUUUUAUAAUGAAAUUUAGUACCUUUUUUCCUGUAGUGCUUAGUUGCUUAUUUGGAUUGUAGAAAGCAGUCAAUGGCCUGUCUGUACUUCUUUUUAUUUUUGGCUUCCAAUAAAUGUCUUCUGUAUUCUUUG